CGUGCCGGGGCGGGUCCCGGCCGGCUCAGGCGGAUAAAAGGCGAGGGCGCGUGGCCCGGGCCGAGCGCGUGGCGCGUCCUCCGGCUGGACCAUGUCGGGCGGUUCGGCCAAGAAGCGCGGCUCGGCGGCGUCGGCGGGAGCGGCCGAGGAAGAGGCGCGGGGGAUGCUGGCGGGCCCGCGGGGCAACGGCUGCGCCUCGGCGGCGGAUGAAGGGGAGGCGGGCGCCGCGGUGGCGCUGAAGCGCAACAUCACGCUGCUGAACGGCGUGGCCAUCAUCGUGGGCACCAUCAUCGGCUCGGGCAUCUUCGUGACGCCCACCGGGGUGCUGAAGGAGGCCGGCUCGCCCGGGCUGGCGCUGGUGAUCUGGGCGGCGUGCGGCGCCUUCUCCAUCGCGGGCGCCCUCUGCUACGCCGAGCUGGGCACCACCAUCUCCAAGUCGGGCGGCGACUACGCCUACAUGCUGGAGGUCUACGGCUCGCUGCCCGCCUUCCUCAAGCUCUGGAUCGAGCUGCUCAUCAUCCGGCCCUCCUCGCAGUACAUCGUGGCCUUCGUCUUCGCCACCUACCUACUCAAGCCCAUCUUCCCCACCUGCCCCGUCCCGCUGGGCGCCACCAAGCUCAUCGCCUGCCUCUGCGUGCUGUUGCUCACAGCGGUCAAUUGCUACAGCGUGAAGGCGGCUACUCGUGUGCAAGACGCCUUUGCAGCCGCCAAGCUCCUGGCCCUGGCCCUGAUCAUCACCCUCGGCUUUGUGCAGCUCGGGAAGGGUGAUGUCGCCAACCUCAGCCCCGAAUAUUCCUUUGAUGGCACCAAAACAGACGUUGGCAACAUCGUCCUGGCCUUGUACAGCGGCCUCUUUGCCUACGGAGGAUGGAAUUACUUGAAUUUUGUCACAGAAGAGAUGAUUAACCCAUACAGAAACCUCCCUCUGGCCAUCAUCAUUUCACUGCCCAUCGUCACCUUGGUCUAUGUGCUGACCAACCUGGCUUACUUCACCACCUUGACGGUCAACGAGAUGCUGGUGUCAGAAGCUGUUGCUGUGGAUUUUGGAAAUUACCACCUGGGUGUCAUGUCUUGGAUUAUCCCUGUGUUUGUGGGUUUGUCUUGCUUUGGCUCUGUCAACGGCUCCCUUUUCACUUCGUCCCGGCUUUUCUUUGUAGGUGCUCGGGAAGGCCACCUGCCUUCUGUCCUGUCCAUGAUCCACCCCCGGUUGCUCACCCCUGUGCCCUCCCUCGUCUUCACGUGCCUCAUGACUUUGCUCUACGCCUUCUCCAAUGACAUCUUUUCGGUGAUCAACUUCUUCAGCUUCUUCAACUGGCUCUGCGUGGCCCUGGCCAUCAUCGGCAUGAUGUGGCUCCGAUACAAGAAACCGGAGCUAGAGAGGCCAAUCAAGGUUAAUGUGCUGUUGCCCAUUUUCUUCAUCCUCGCGUGCAAUUUCCUCAUUGCCGUCUCCUUCUGGAUGACCCCGAAAGAGUGUGCCAUUGGCUUCGCCAUCAUCUUUAGCGGUGUCCCCGUGUACCUGAUUGGUGUCUGGUGGAAAAACAAACCCAAGUGGCUUCUGCAGAGCAUCUAUUCCACCACAGUCCUGUUCCAGAAGCUGAUGGAAGUGGUUCCUCAAGAGACUUAAAAAAAGGGGGCGGUGAAACCAUCGAUCUUUAGUUCAAGCCAACGCACAACAUUGUUUUUGAAACAUAAGUAUGUCUGAUUGCUCCCUGGAAAAACGGAAACCGCAGAGACAGCCCGGAGACCUUUCGGGACCCCCUGCUUCUGCCCACCUCUGGUCCUCUUGAGGCCUUCUCCAACUCCGACCAGACCGUUGAGAAGUUGCUGGCGGAGAAGAACGAUCCCGGGUGCAAAUUUUAAAAAUUGGGAAGAGGAGGUCGCUUAGAAGAGAAAAGAGGCCUCCACCCAAAUCGAGAAAACGGGGGAGCCCGCAAAAAUGUUUUGUUUACAUGCUCAACGAUGGACUUUAUUUAGUUUCUCCACCAGCUGUCUCAACAUUGGCAGAAAAAAAAAAAGAGGGGAAAAAAAUGCAGACGAUGGAUGGGGUCCAGCAACGUAGAGUAUUCCUCAAAAGACAUCUGCCAACACUGAACACUCCUUGUCAUCAAAGGGGGCCCUGCAGAAGAAGAGACAACCCCACAAACUGACAGCAGGCUGAGCGGCCCCCACCUCAGCUCUUCUCAUUCUCAGUGGACUAAGUAGUUCUGACAUGAGUAUUUUUUUAAAUUGUUUAAUUUUUGUAGUGACAUUAUUUUUUAAGCUUUCUUCUCCUUAGGACUCCUACCUGACCACGUUGUGUCAAUUUCCCAUAAGGGGUUUUGUACAGUUUUAAUUGGCAUCCUGACAAAUUCUCCCAUCCGGGUCAGGCUGAAAUUUCUAGACACUCCUCAAACUAGGAUGGAUUCGUGCGACAGUCUCUAGAGCAGUAGCUCUCAAUUUGGGCCAGUGGAAGCCGUAGGGACUCCAACUCCCAGAAUUCCUGGCUGGGGAAUUCUGGGAAUUGAAGUCCAUACAGUUUAAAGUGCCCCAGGUUGAGAAAAACUGCUCUAAAGCCACUGAAUUUGCCAGUUGGGGGAACGUGACGUUGGAAAGUUUUCUUACCUGGCGUCCUUGUUUGAGCCUCAUUUCCUACCAGCAUUCAGUGGUUCUACUAAACUUAUUACAUUUUUGUUUCUUCCUUUGUGCAGAAUGUCAUUCGUUCCAGCACCAUAAAUGAAUUCUUAAGAAAGGGCUGGAGAUGACUAUCCUGUGCAGGGGACGACAUGGGAAGCAUAAGGUAGAGGAGGGCACCAAGUGGGAACAAGCAGAGCAUCACUGUUCUGUGAACGUCUGCUUGUGUGCGUGUCUGUUUGCUUAUGCACGCGUGUCUGCUUCUGUGGCACUUUUCUUGUUCCGUAGCGUUUCUCAAACAUGCAGAUAGACUUUGGCCGAGCAAGCAACAGGCUGGGCUUCUGAGUUGUAGAGCAAAGAAUUGAAAUCGGCACUCGUGUGAUUUAUUGUCUGUUACGGCUCUCUCAUGGGACCACAUGGCUUAGAAUUGGGUGGGAUGCUUCGACCCAUGGGAUCUGUUUUUCUUUCUCUUCCAUUCUUGGGGAAUGUUCAGUCUGGAAAGUUUGGUUUCUCUAGAGGGGGGGGGGGGUGUCCAACCUUGGCAACUUUAAGACUUGUGGACUUCAACUCCUAGAAUGUCUGGAUCCCAGAUGCGUGGACUUCAACUCCCAAAAUUCUCCAGCCAAUCACUGAAGUUGAAGCGUGGAAGUCCACAUAUCUGGGAGUCUGGACAUUCUGGGAGUUGAAGUCCACAAGCCUUAAAAGUUGCCAAGGUCGGACACCCCCGAUUUCGACUUGAGCUGCAGAAACUUUCAGCCAGCAUGGGGGCAGAAAUCCAAACGAGCAGCACUUCCAUUGAAUAAAAUAUAUAAAUCCAAACUUUGUGUUGUCAAACAGGAUGCAAGAAGCGGUUUUCCUUUGUUCUUGCUUGCAAGAUGCUAACCGGUGUAUUUCUGCAUUGUUUGCUUCACAGAGUUGUGUACAUUGUGGUUAUUGAAACAUGGAAACAGGCAAAAUAAUUUGGCUGAAGUCGAGAGGGAGGGGGGAGAAUAGUUGAUGGCACCCCAUCUGUCAGUUGUGAUGCCAACAAAUGCAGAUUCUAAAAACCCAGGCGCCAGAAUGUCGAACCUCAUAGUGGGGGCAUUUUUAACUCUUUCUGCCAGGGUUUCUAGAGUCCUCUGUGCAGCUGUUCCGAAUGCACUUCCCCAUCCGUUGUCUAUUGCAAAAUGAUUUUUCUGCCUCUUAUUUCCUAAUAUUAAGGAAAUGGGCUGCCGUUAACAUUUACAAUUUCCAAAUAGUGUGGCGGUUCAGAAAUGCUGAAGUCAUCGUAGUGGUUGUAUUUUACAAAGAGGGACAAUCCCAUGGUUCUCCAGCACAUCUGGUGAGGUUUUGGUCCCCUUACUGUUAAGUGCUCUUUCGUCCUGUGGACAGUAUAGUACCCAGAUCUCCUGUCCUCCAGAUGUGUUGCAUUACAACACCCAUUGUCCCCCACCCACCCAAUUCACACUUUUUACAAUGAGCCAUGUAGCAGCUUCCCAUCCAAAUUGUGCACCUGCUGUGGGAACCCCCUGGCUUUGAACAUUAUUCCACCCACCAAUUUAGUACGCUAGGCCAGGGGUCUCCAACCUUGGUCCCUUUAAGACUUGUGGACUUCAACUCCCAGAGUCCCUCAGCCAGCAAAGUCUUGAAGGGACCAAGGUUGGAGACCCCUGCGCUAGGCGGUUUUUUCCUAAAGGAGGGCAGAAAUGUGAAGUGUAGACCCCCCAGGUGAGAACUGCAAAGAACGGUUGCAGUUCAGAGCUUUCCGACUCAUUCUCUUUCCCCGGGGUCAAGCCAUUCCGCUUCACCCCACUCAUUUCCGUUGCUUACCGCUCAAGAAUAUUUGGCAUUCUCUAGGUAUUUAUUAAGCACAUUCAAGUUUUGCGGAGCUUUGUAGAAUCGCUUUUGUGUGCCCCCACCCCACCCUGUUCCUCUUGUUCUUAGUUGUGCCUUAUUGUUUUGGGACUUCUGCAAAGGGGAUUAUUGCCCGUUUUUGUCUUCUGUUGCUCUCACCGUUACCGGUGGAGCCGAGAAGCCAAACCUCGAAGGCUGCAACUUGGCAAAAGAAACCAGCCUGCCAACCUAACAAUGGCUUUGCUUUGUUGUGCGUUGUCCAGCUGUUUUUCACCACGCUUUCUCUUUCAGGCACGUAGUCCAGUUAAUGCCCCUCUUUUAUCAACUUUGUGCAUCGGCCUGGUUUGACUUUCUAGUUGCUUGAUGUCAAGUGCUGCCUCAAGAAAAGGCCAAGGGUGCAAUUCAAUGGAAGCCUAGCCAAGUUCAUGAGCGUUGGGCUCAAAAUCCAUCGCUGGUCUUCUGAAACCACAAGGCUGGUUCUCCAGCUGGUUCCUAAACAAAGGUGAUGUUGCUUCAACUAGAGCAGGGGUCUCCAACCUUGGCAACUUUAAGACUUGUGAACUUCAACUCCCAGAGUUCCUCAGCCAACAAAGCUGGGAGUUGAAGUCCACAAGUCUUAAAGUUGCCAAGGGUGGAGACCCCUGAACUAAAGCAGAGGGGUAUCCAACCUUGGCAACUACAACACCUGUGCGCAAUGGCUGGCUGGGGAAUUCUGGGAGUUGAAGUCCACAAGUCUUAAAAGGUGCCAACCCUGAACACGCCUGAAUUAGAGUGGAAUGGCCAUCCAGGCAACCUGUUAGGGUUCUUCUGGAUCUCUUUCAGUUUGUCUUAGGGAUGGAUGAGGCUCAUUUCAAGAGUGGAAUAAUUGGGGACUUUCUGUGGAGAAUGCAAAAAAGACUACAAGCCUUGUAGCCUAUUCAUACUCAAAGAGUUAUGUGCUUGGGCAAAUGACCAAUCAUGCUCCAGAAUGUGGUGCUUUUCGGAAGAAUGCAAAAAUCGCAGGAUCCGCGGCCUUCCAGGCUCGGGUUUUCUAAGCAAUUUGCUUGAAAAGUUUGUGCGGAUUUCCCUUGUUUUAGGUUGCGUCUCUGUCCUUAAUCAGUCUUCUUUUUAAUCCCUUGGAAGCAGAUUAAUUGCACAACGUUUGCACAGGCAACAGGGUUGUUAAUCUUUGUAACUACUGAGUGAAAUCUGACUCCUUAGAAAUCUAUAUUUUCUUUUAAUAUAGUUUUUUUAUAAAAUAAAAAGAAAUAAAGUCUUUAAGCUAAGGAAAAAGAAACCUAAUUUUAAAAACUUUUUGUUACAUUUGGAAAAUAAAAUAUUUUUACUAAUUUAAUUAUUGUGCUCUAUUUUAAACGAGUGAGUAUCGGAAAGUGCAGCUCUUAUUAUUUAAUAUUUUGCAUUUGUCCGUAUAGAGUUGAUCCAGGAUUUGUGCUGCUUUUUUUUUUAAUGAGUUCUGUAGUAAAAAGAGUCAAUUCUGCCUUGUAAAAAAAUGUGUAAUGCAGUCCAGUCUGUCUUUUUUACUGUGUUUUUCCUCCCCUUCUGGAUUUGUUAUUGUUCAUUAUAAACCAUGGCUAUUCCAUUUUAAA